AUGGCGACCGAGUUUGACGAUGUGCUGACGAACCAGCCGGUGGUGAUCGACAAUGGCUCUGGCACCAUCAAGGCGGGUUUUGCUGGGCAGGAUACGCCGAAAUGCUUCUUUCCGAACCUCGUGGGCCGGCCGAAGCACCCCCGCGUGAUGGCGGGCGCGGUCGAGGGCGACCGGUUCAUCGGGAAGAAGGCGCAGGAGCUGCGUGGGCUGCUCAAGGUGCGGUACCCUAUGGAGCACGGCAUCGUGACGGACUGGGCGGAUAUGGAACGGAUAUGGAGUCAUAUGUACACAGAGGAGCUCAAGACGCUCAGCGAAGAGCACCCCGUGCUCCUCACCGAGGCGCCGCUCAAUCCCAAGGCGAACCGCGAGCUGGCGGCGCAGAUCUUCUUCGAGACCUUUAAUGUGCCGGCCAUGUACAUUAGCAUCCAGGCGAUUCUCAGCCUGUACUCCUCCGGCCGCACCACCGGCGUGGUGCUCGACUCGGGCGACGGCGUGACGCACGCCGUACCUGUAUACGAGGGCUUUGCGAUGCCCAACGCGAUCCAGCGCAUCGACGUCGCAGGGCGCGACGUGUCGGACCACCUGCAGUCGCUGCUGCGGCGGGCGGGCUACUAUCUGCACACCUCUGCCGAGCGCGAGAUCGUGCGGGCGAUCAAGGAAAAGUGCUGCCAAUUUACCCCUCCCGCGGCGGCCGACGACCGCGACGCAAAGCGCAUCGUCGAGUUUCCGCUCCCGGACGGCAACGUGAUCAAGCUAGGCUCGGAGCGCUUCCGCGCGCCUGAGGUCCUCUUCCACCCCGAGAUCGUCGGGCUAGAAGACCCCGGGGCGCACCAGAUCCUCGGCGACGCGAUCGGGCGCGCGGACCUCGACCUGCGCCGCGGCCUCUAUGGGAAUAUCGUGCUGAGCGGCGGCACGACGCUGACCAAGGGGUACGGAGACCGGAUGCUCUACGAAAUGAAACGCCUGGCGCCGCCGGACAUGAAGAUUAAAAUCUCUGCGCCGCCGGAGCGCAAGUACUCGACGUGGAUCGGAGGCAGCAUCUUUGCGGGCCUCAGCACCUUUCGCAAGAUGUGGGUCUCGGCGGAAGAAUACCAGGAGGACCCCGGGUGCAUUCACAAGAUGGGUGUGCCGGACUUGUUUGAGCAUGGCUUGUUUUCCUCCAUCCUUGGAUCCGCAGCGGCAUCAAGCGGCUUCCAUGACGCCGAGCGCAAGUAUACCAUCAUCAAGAGCCUCGGCACAGGCUCUUUUGGCACCGUGUAUGUCGCCGACUGGCACAGCGCGCUGCCCAGUGGCGCGAUGGUGCCGGCGAUGCAGCACAGCUAUACGCGUCCCGCAUACGCGGGGAAGCGUCUCGUGGCCAUCAAGCGGAUGAAGAAGCCGUUUGCAUCGUGGGACGACUGCAUCAAGUUAAACGAACUGCGGUCUCUGCUCAUCAUUCCACCCCACGACCAUAUUAUCCCGCUGUACGACGUAUUCCUCCCUUCGUCCACCCGCGAGCUGCACAUUGUGUUUGAAUGCAUGGAAGGAAACUUGUACCAACUCACCAAGACACGAAAGGGUCGGCCACUUGCCAAGGGUCUCAUUGCUUCCAUUCUCCGACAGGUCCUCCUGGGACUGGACCACGUACACUCCCACGGCUUCUUCCACCGCGACUUGAAGCCUGAAAACUUAUUGAUCACCACUGUGGGGCUUGGCGACUACCCGGCAAUGCCAGGCGCCACACGCGUCGUGCAGGACGUCCUGGUCAUUGUCAAGAUCGCCGACUUUGGUCUCGCACGGGAGGCGGAAAGCGCACCGCCGUACACGGAAUACGUUUCCACACGCUGGUACCGCGCCCCAGAAAUCCUCUUGCACGCACCGGAAUACUCGCCGGCGGUCGACGUCUGGGCACUGGGCACCAUUAUGGCCGAGCUCUCGCGCCUCGAGCCGCUCUUUCCGGGCAGCAGCGAGCUCGACCAGGUGCUGCGCAUCACUGCAGCGCUCGGCUCGCCACUGCGCAAGCCGGCUGCCGAACCGGCUUCGCACUUGCAGGGAGGAGGAUACUGGCCCGAGGCAGCCAAGUAUGCCGAGCGCCUUGGUUUCCUCUUUCCGGAUCAGGAACCAGUGCCAUUUGCGCCGCUAUUCCCAGUACAUGUGUCAGAGAAUCUUAUUCAGCUGAUCUACUUGAUGCUGCGCUACGACCCCCAGUCGCGUAUGAAGCCCAGCGACUAUCUCCAGCAUCCGUACCUGACUGAAGACGCACCGCUUUUGAAGCCGCGCGCAAAGCUCGUGCCGCAGUCGAGCGCACCGAUGGCGUCGGCAGAGCCCAUGCCAUCCCGACAGCGCACGGCCUACUCGAUGCACAGCUCGCCGACACAGGCGCGGCGCUCGGGCGAGGACACCACUGGCCGGACCGGCGCGCUGCACUCGACGCAGCUACACGACCACCUGCGUCAGGCGCUCGAACUCAACUCGCCCACAUCAAGCGCGCGCUCGUCGCCGAGCGGGUUCAUCGGUGCACCGAUUCGCCUGCGCGACUCGUCGGGCCUGCGGGAAUACGACACGCCCGCUGCAGUGCCCCACGAGCCCCUCUUUUUGCACCACAGCGACACGCCCUCGCCCGUCUCCUCGCGCGACUCCUCGCCGGCGAUCGGGCUCGUGGACGGGCCCCGCAUGAGCCAUCGGUCCAAAUCGUUUAGCUCGAAUGCAUACCCGCACGACGAGGGGCCGUCGGUGGCCCAUACUCACCCCCCUGAAUCGAACCGGCCAAGCAGCGAAGGCGUGUGGCCCUCGGACGAGGCGCCGCCUUCCCAGUCGUCGCCCCACGCGGGCUCGCCGACGAUUGGAUUCCUCGGCGCUUGGAAAUCACGAAAGAAUGCCGGCGCACAGCGCCAAUCGAAAGAGGCGCAGCUGAAGCGGCGCGAAGCAGAGCUCAUUGCGAUGCGCGAACGCUCACGCGCCGUCUUGCAAAAACGAACCCAGCUCUAUUCUCAUGAACGACAACCGAGUGAUUUGUAA